AUGCCAGGGUGGACGGAGAAGGGGGCGCCAGGGUGGACAGGGAAGGGGAUGCCAGGGUGGACAGGGAAGGGGGUGCCAGGGGCACGAGAGGGUGGACAGGGAAGGGGGCGCCAGGGGCACGAGAGGGUGGACAGGGAAGGGGGCGCCAGGGGCACGAGAGGGUGGACAGGGAAGGGGGCGCCAGGGGCACGAGAGGGUGGACAGGGAAGGGGGCGCCAGGGGCACGAGAGGGUGGACAGGGAAGGGGCGCCAGGGGCACGAGAGGGUGGACAGGGAAGGGGGCGCCAGGGGCACGAGAAGGUGGUCAGGGAAUGGGGCACCAGGGGCACGAGAGGGUGGACAGGGAAGGGGGCGCCAGGGGCACGAGAGGGUGGACAGGGAAGGGGGCGCCAGGGGCACGAGAGGGUGGACAGGGAAGGGGGCGCCAGGGGCACGAGAGGGUGGACAGGGAAGGGGGCGCCAGAGGGUGGACAGGGAAGGGGGCGCCAGAGGGUGGACACAUAUAAGGGGGCAAGAGGAUGGACAGACAAGGGGGCAAGAGGAUGGACAGACAAGGGGGCAAGAGGAUGGACAGACAAGGGGGCAAGAUGA